AUGAAAGCUUUCGUACUGUUUACAUUAUUUUCGCUGUUAAACUUCUCUGGUCCAGCUGUCAUCCAGUCGGCGGAUAACACCGAAACUGAGGGACUUUACACAGAAGAUGACAACGUUGAAAUACUCACAGUGGAAAACUUCAAAGAAAAAGUGUUCGGAAGUAAACAUGCUUGGUUGGUGGAAUUCUACAAUGCCUAUUGUGGGUUCUGUAGAAGAUUUGCACCAGUGUGGAAAGAAUUCACCAGUGACAUUGUGAGUUGGCAAGACUUAGUGAAAGUUGGUGUGGUGGAUUGUAACCGGGAUACUAACAUCCCGGUAUGUGCGGAGUUUGAGGUGUACCGCUAUCCUACUCUCAUAUACUUCCAUGAAAAAUACUUGAAUGGUACUGGAAGGAAGCUACCACCACAUGAUAAAGAAAAAAUUGACGACCCCAAGGAGAAUAGAAUAAAAUUAGCAGAUGCACUGAUCCAAGAGCAGCUUGAAGGUAGGGGCACGAUAUACCCAAAUUUACUCCAUUAUAAUUAUAGUGACUCCUCAAAAUUAUUCGAGGUUCCUAGGCAACCUAAAUACGUUUUCCUAGUGGUGAUCCCUACAAAUAGUACUAUAGGUGUUGAGCUAGCAAUGUACUAUCAUCAAGUUCCUGAGAUAGCAAUAAGAUAUACUUAUGACAAUAAUACAAAACUUUUCAAUGCCUUAAAUGUAAGAACCACCCCCUCUUUAUUUGUGGUAGAGAGAGAUGGUUCUUUCAAGGUUUUGACUGUGUACUCUUCUGAUACAGAAGGCUUUAGAACAGCAAUUGAAAGAUUUUUAAAAUCAGCCAAUAUCAAUGUCCGAAAAGUCGAACCUAAAAAGAAAACAGAGAUAAGCUCUGAAAAUAAAGAUAAAAAUGAUGAUAAGCAAUUACUCAAUGAGAUAAAACGCAAAGGGGAUGCAGUUUUCCAAGGGGAUUUGGAAUCAGCGUUGCGAUAUAGUCUUACCAGAGAGAUUGGAGUACAGAAGGAAAUAAAAGGUAAAAGGCUAGAAGCCUUGAGGUUGUACCUAGAUGUUUUGGAGAAAUAUUUCCCGUUUGGAGAUAACGGGAAGUCAUUAAUGAAAGAAAUUAAAGAAUUAGCUUAUAAAAGUGAUAAUGUUAAUGGAUUGGACAUCAGAAAGAAGGUUCUUGAAGCAGGAAAAUCAGAAAAGAAAGUUUUCAGUACACCUCAGAGAUGGGUCGGGUGCAUUGGAAGUACUUCAGCAUAUAGAGGAUAUCCAUGUAGUCUGUGGAAAAUGUUCCACUUUCUUACAGUGAAUGCGGCCUUGGAUAAUAGUUUUCACUUUGAACAUGAAAGUGUAGCUCUCAGAGCUAUGCACGGUUAUAUCAAGAACUUUUUCGGGUGCACAGAAUGCAGCAAUCAUUUCCAAGAAAUGGCAAGUAGAAGGAACAUUUUCGAUGUAUCAACUCGGAAGAAGGCUGUAUUGUGGCUAUGGGAAGCCCACAAUGAGGUGAACAAUAGAUUGCAUGGAGAUUUAACAGAAGAUCCAGAGUUCCUGAAAAACCCAUUCCCUUACAGAAAUAGAUGUCCACAGUGUCAACACCCAAACGGUCAGUGGAACGAAGAGGAAGUUUACAAAUACCUAACAAAUAUGUAUAAUAAGGACAAUAUCAAUUAUCUAGGAAGCAACAAAGAUGCUUUGAUGACUAAUUCUGCUCUUAGUAACAAGCGUAUUAGACGUAAUGUUAAUCUAUUAUUAUUGGCUACUGCUAUAUAUACCUUUAGAGGAUACGUGACCUUAUAA